AUGGCGGUUCCUCACUACGCCUACCUGAAGCUGAAGCUGCCGUGUCCGAGGGGCCUCAUCACCAUCACCGGCGACUACCGCAUGUCCAUAGAGUGUGCCCGAGAGGGCGCCAAGUCGCUGGUCGUAGCCGCGGAGCAGCGCCAACUCGAGCGGAUCGUCGCCUUGGCCCAAGAGGCGUCGGCCGCGCCGAUCCCGGCCGAGGAGCCGACCGACGAGGCCUCGUUCAAGUCCUCCAAGGAGACCAAGAAAGUGAAGCUGAACCAGGAAGACCCCAGCUACAGCAAGUACAUUGUCGUGAGCACCCGCCUCGACAACAAAUAG